GUUUCCUUAGCAAACCUUGUUUUUGGUAUAUUCUCUGCGUUUUCUCGUUUUUCAUCCAGAUAGCAUCAGAACUCACUGUAGGUUUUGCGAAUUUCCAUGACCGACUUCAUUUCAACAGAAUAGCUUCUUUGAGCCUAGAAGGGUGUUGAUCAUGUUCUCGAUGCAUAAAUUUAUAAUCUUGAUGGCUAAGGACAGAGAUUGAGGAUAAAAAAAGCGAUUUCUAUGUUAUUGAGGAAUGCGUUGUAUUUGAAGGAGCUGAGAGUUGGGGUACCAGUGGGCGUGAGAUUGAAAGGCAUGACCUCUGAAAUGCAUUCAUCUAACCUUCCAAUGCCGGCUUCAGACUGGAAGAAAGACAGAGAACUUAAGAUUUCUGAAGAUUGCAGCGAACACUCGGAGAAGAGUAUUACUAAGGGAAAUUCUAUUGAAUCAGUUGAAAUUGAGGAAAUUAGAAGCAAUCCGGAUAAACUUGAUUCCAUGACUGUGAAGGAACUCAGGACAAUGACAAGGAGCGUAGGUUUGUCAACAAGUGGCAAUAAGCAGGAGUUGAUAUCUUCUCUGAAGUUUUUAUUGUUUAAAGGGAAAACCACAAUAUCAGAAGAUGUCUCGGACAAUAAACAAAAGCAAACCAAAAAAAGAAAGCAAAUGGUUGAGAGUUCUAUAGCUGAAGAUGAUUCAAAAUGUGUUCCGGAGUACAAUGAAUUGUCUAUCAAUACAGAAGAAGCUAUUGGAGCAAAGCAAUCUAGCUUGCAAAAACAGAUUUCUUCGAGGGUUCAAAGGCCCCAGAAAGUUUCUACUCAAAUAAGUAUAGCUGUAGAUUCUAAUGAACCCUGGACUAUGCUUGCACACAAGAAGCCACAAAAGGAGUGGAUUCCUUAUAAUCCCAGAACAAUGAGGCCUCCUUCUCUUGAUGAGGAUACAAACUUUAUUAAGCUCAUAUCCUGGAAUGUUAAUGGCUUGAGGGCUUUGCUCAAGCUGAAGAGUUUCCCUGCGCUUCAACUUGCCCAACACGAAAAUUUUGAUGUCUUGUGCUUGCAAGAAACUAAAUUACAAGAGAAGGAUGUGGAUUUGAUCACGAAGAAUCUGAUUGAUGGCUAUGAUAACAGCUAUUGGACCUGUAGUGUUUCAAAGCUGGGUUAUUCUGGAACUGCUAUUGUAUCAAAGAAAAAGCCAAUCUCAGUUAAUUAUGGACUCGGCAUAAUGGAUCACGAUACUGAAGGGAGAAUUUUGACUGUGGAGUUCGAUACGUUUUACUUGAUAAGUGGAUAUGUACCUAACUCUGGAGAUGGCUUGCGGAGAUUGGCUUACAGGGUUGAACAAUGGGAUCCAUCGCUUAGCAAUUACAUGAAGGAACUGGAAAAAGUAAAACCUGUGAUUUUAGCUGGUGACCUGAACUGUGCUCAAGAAGAGAUUGACAUCUAUGAUCCUGCGGGAAAUCGCCGGAGUGCUGGGUUUACAAAUGAAGAAAGGGAGUCAUUUCAAAAGAACUUCUUAUCUAAGGGCUUCGUGGACACCUUUAGAAGACAACACCCUAGUGUGGUAGCCUACACAUAUUGGGGUUAUAGACAUGGAGGGCGCAAGACAAAUAAAGGAUGGCGGCUUGAUUAUUUCUUAGUCUCAGAGAAAAUUGCAGAUAAAGUUCAUGAUUCCUAUAUUCUCCCACAUGUGGGUGGCAGCGAUCACUGUCCCAUAGGGCUAAUACUGAAGCUAUAGCUUCACAAUAGCUGCAGAUAAUUUGUGCUAAUUUUAUAGCAGGUUUCAGGCGGAAUCACUUCAUUUUGGAAAGGGAUUUAUCCUUUUUAGGUACUGAUUUCCUCAACCUUCCAAUAGAUUGCUGAACUCUUCUUCUACC